UUCCGUUUAAGUCGUACAAACUCUUUGUAUACAUUGGACGGGGAAUCGAGCCUCCAUCACAAGACAGCUGUUCGGCAAAAUCGAAGACCAGAAGCUGUCAAGUUGUUGUGAUUGUUAUAACCUUUCGUGUGUUUUGUGUUCCCCGUCAAAAUGGCAGGUGGAAUGGACAGAGCUGCUAAGCUGGCAAGGAUGCAGGAUGUGGAAAGCGAGAGUGAACUUGGAUUUGUGUUUGGUGUGUCAGGUCCUGUUGUAACUGCUAACAACAUGAGUGGCUCUGCUAUGUACGAGUUGGUACGUGUAGGUCAUCAGGAACUGGUGGGAGAGAUCAUUAGGCUUGAAGGAGAUCUGGCCACUAUUCAGGUAUACGAGGACACAUCUGUGUCACAGUAGGUGAUCCUGUCAUUGAAGACUGGUAAACCCCAUUCUUCUGUAGAACUUGGACAUGGUAUUAUGGGUAAUAUCUAUGAUGGUAUCCAGCGUCCUUUGCAAGAAAUGGAGAACUCACACAGUCAAUUUUACAUCCCAAAGGGUGUUUCUACUCCUGCUCUCACCCGUAGCAAACAGUGGGAAUUCCACCCUCUUCCUGAGAUCAAGGUUAAGUUGGAAAGUCAUAUUACUAGGAGGGACUUGCUUUGGUUCUGGGUACAUGAAAACACCAUCAUUGACCACAAGAUUGUUCUUCCCCCAAAAGCCCGUGGUACAGUUACAUACAUGGCUCCUGUUGGAAACUACACAGUUGAUGAAACUGUAUUAGAAGUAGAAUGUGGAGAAAAGAAAAAAAGUACACCCAUGAUGCAGGUAUGGCCAGUCAGACAGCCCCGCCCAGUUAGUGAAAAACUUCAUGCCAAUCAUCCACUGUUGACUGGCCAACGUGUUUUGGAUGCUCUCUUCCCCUGUGUCCUGGGAGGAACCACUGCUAUUCCUGGUGCUUUUGGUUGUGGCAAAACUUGUAUUUCCCAGGCCCUUUCCAAAUACUCAAACUCCAAUGUUAUCAUUUAUGUUGGUUGUGGUGAGCGUGGAAAUGAGAUGGCUGAGGUAUUAAGAGAUUUCCCAGAACUUGAAUUGGAGGUUGCUGGCAGAAAGGAGUCUAUCAUGAAGCGUACAUCUUUAGUAGCCAAUACCUCAAACAUGCCUGUAGCUGCUCGAGAAGCUUCUAUUUACACUGGUAUUACACUCUCUGAGUAUUUCCGUGAUAUGGGUCUUCAUGUAUCCAUGAUGGCUGAUUCAACCUCCCGUUGGGCUGAGGCUCUUCGAGAAAUCUCAGGUCGUUUAGCUGAGAUGCCUGCUGAUUCUGGUUACCCAGCUUACUUGGGUGCUCGUUUAGCCUCAUUUUAUGAGAGAGCUGGCCGUGUGAAAUGUUUGGGUAAUCCUGAACGUGAAGGGUCCGUCACUAUUGUAGGUGCUGUAUCGCCACCUGGUGGUGAUUUCUCAGAUCCUGUUACUUCUGCUACUCUGGGUAUUGUACAGGUGUUCUGGGGUCUUGAUAAGAAGUUGGCCCAGAGAAAACAUUUCCCAUCUGUAAACUGGCUUCAGUCAUAUUCAAAGUACAUGAGAGCACUGGAAGACUACUAUGACAGAAAUUUCCCUGAAUUUAUUACUUACAGAACCAAAGUGAAGGAAAUUCUCCAGGAAGAAGAUGACUUGGCAGAAAUUGUGCAGUUGGUCGGUAAGGCUUCUUUAUCUGACUCUGACAAAAUCACUCUAGAAGUUGCUCGUAUCAUCAAAGACGACUUCCUUCAGCAGAACUCUUACACUCCAUAUGAUCGCUUCUGUCCAUUCUACAAGACUGUGGGGAUGAUGAGGAACAUCAUUGCAUUCUAUGAUAUGUCCAAACAGAUUGUUAACCGCACAGCUCAGAGUGACAAUAAGGUAACAUGGCAGAUCAUCCGUGACUCUAUGGGCCAGAUAUUGUAUGAGCUUUCAUCCAUGAAGUUCAAAGACACUUUCAAGGAAGGAGAGGUGAAGGUCAAGAAAGACUUUGAUGAAAUAUAUGAAAAUAUCCAGCAAGCAUUUAGGAAUCUUGAGGACUAAAGGGUGUUCUGAAUAAAUUCUUUUUCAGUGUAUAGUAAGUUCGCACAUGCUCUUGCUACUCCACGGUUGCAAGACUUGGAACCAUAAUUUAUCUUUUCAAUUCCUAGAAGAAUUGUUUGUUGUUAAAUGACAUGGUUGUCACUGGAGUGUAUGUCUUUUGUGUCCAAGUGGCUGGAAAAUAAUUCUGCCACUGGUUUCUUGUACAGUUUUAAAAGUCAUGUGUUGUGGUGACAUUAUUUUUGGGAGUUUCAUAAUUGUAAAUUUUCUUUUUAUGAUGAAAUUACCAAUGCAGUGAGGGAUAAGUUUUGUACAGAACAAUAAAAGGAGAUACUAGAUUCUCUGUGUAAAUGUUAGGCACUUUGUAUUUUAUUUGUUGACAUAGUAUUGUAAUUUAAGUGAAUGUUGGAUUGAAAUGCUUAGAUGUGUAGAUGUGAAUAGAUACUUAGUGUAGUGCCAGAUGAUAAGAGAGAGAAAUUCACUGUCUGUGCACAAGGAACAAACAAAAGUUGUUGGUGAUAUUACAUUCCAAAACUUAUAUUUGAACAAUUGUAUAUUUGUGAGUACAUAGUAAAUAAAGGAAAUGGUAGAA